AAGACAUCAGGGACAUUCUGCAGCAGAUAAUGACCAUCACGGACCAGAGCCUGGACGAGGCCCAGGCCAAGAAACACGCCCUAAACUGCCACCGAAUGAAGCCAGCGCUCUUUUGCGUCCUGGGUGAGAUCAAGGAGAAGACCGGCCUCAGCAUCCGAAGCUCCCAGGAGGAGGAGCCGGUGGGCCCCCAGUUUAUGCGCUUGGACAACAUGCUUCUGGCAGAAGCUGUGGCUGGGAUGAAGACAGAAGAGAAACAGGGGGCGGGCUCAGCUGCAGCAGCUUCCGGGGGUGGCGUGUCCCCUGACAGCUCCAUCCAACACUUGGACUAUCUGACGCAUUAUCGUAGCAAACUUGCCCAAAUCCAUCAUCUCUACCACUCGGAGCUGGAGAAGUAUGAGCAGGCAUGUAACGAGUUCACGACCCACGUCAUGAACCUGCUGAGGGAGCAGAGCCGCACGAGGCCCGUGGCACCCAAGGAGCUGGAGCGGAUGGUGAGCAUCAUCCACCGCAAGUUCAGCGCCAUCCAGAUGCAGCUCCAGCAGAGCACCUGCGAGGCCGUCAUGAUCCUGCGCUCCCGGUUCCUGGACGCCAGACAGAAACGCUGGAACUUAAGCAAACAGGCCACUGAGGCCCUAAACGAGUAUUUCUAUUCCCGCCUGAGUGACCCGUAUCCCAGUGAGGAGGCUAAGGAGGAGCUCGCAAAGUGUGGCCUCACCGUCUCUCAGGUCUCCAACUGGUUUGGCAACAAGCGGAUUCGCUAUAAGAAAAGUACCGGAAUGUUUCAAGAGGAGGCAGAUAUCUAUGCCGUCAAGACCGCCGUGUCUGUCACCCAGGGGGGCCACAGCCGCACCAGCUCCCCGACACCCCCUUCCUCCGCAGGCUCUGGCCGCUCUUUCAGUCUCUCAGGAUCCGGAGACAUGUGA